UGAUAAAAAGGGACGCCAACUGAAGCAAUUUACCUGAAAUGACGCCGUAAUCCCGGUAAUUGCAGCUUGCUCGCCAUAAAACUAAGGUCCAGACUAGCGUCAAAAAUCGGGGCAGAAACUUUUACCUGCCAGGUGCCUAAAAUCCCUAUAAAGGAUACGAAAUUCGAAUUACCAUCAUUGGUGUUGUGGAACUCGAAGUGUACAGAAGUGAUCGAAAUGGUUCUCGCUCCCGAGGUUCGAAGUAUUGUCAGGGCCCUGAAGGGGUCGAACAGCUGUGAGGAGAUAGCCCAGAUCCUGGAGUGCGACGUGGAGAGCGUGGCGAGCUGCAUCCGCGAGUGUGAGCUGCUCGAGGGCAAGACAGCCACGCUGAGAUUGCCGCAGAGGCCGAAAGCAACAGCGCCUGUGGCGGUUGUUCAGGAGGAGGAGAAGAGGCGCGAGGUGGGCCGACCCAAGGUCCUGGAGAACCGGCAAAUGGUCGAGCAAAUGCUUAGCGAUAACCCGCACUACACCUCCAUCGAUGUGCAGCGGGAGUUGGCCCGACUCGGCAUUGAGGUCAGCCGCCGGACGUUGCAGCGCAGAAUCAGCGAGAUUCGUUCCAAAGGCGCAAGGCAAUCGAGGGGAUGCCCACAGCCACAAGAGCCCAACACUUUCGGACUCAGUGAGGAGGCGAAAAGAAAGAGAUUGGCCUGGGCCACCGCCCACCAGGAUUGGACAGUGCGCGACUGGCGCAACAUCUUCAACAUGGACGAUCUUAAGUUCGUCGAUGAAUCAACGCCGCCAAAGGAGAUCUUCCUUGACUCGCUGAUGGGACCAGAGGGCAGCGUCUGCAAUGACCUCAAUCUCCUCGAGCAAUUGAUGGCCAUCAUCCAGCCGAGGAUCCAGAAUCAGGCGCCCAAGAACGUCAGCGAGUUCCGUGCUGUCUUGUACGACGUCUGGCACAGCGACCAGGAUAUGGUGGACAAAAUUGAGAUGCUCUACGAGUCGAUGACGUGGCGGGUGUCAGCGGUCCUCCGUAAUGGCGGGGAUCAGACCGAGUUCUGCUAGCCAAGCUGUGUGUUCAAAUCGCACUCUGAUUCUUGAAUGUCGUAUUGAAAAUAACGACAUUCAUUAUCAUGUUUAAUUGCAUAUAUUAUUAAGUUUGUGGUGGCCAUAAUAUGUACAUGGUACGCUCUGAUUAAAUUCGCUGCUUAGGAUUAAUUUCAUUACAUUUUUUGAAACAGUUGUAAAAUCAUUUACAUUUUAAUAAAGUGUAAAA